AUGUCGUUGCAAGGUGGUGCAACUGCUGCAGGUAGCCUUGUAGCUAUUCUACAAUCAAUUGGUGCGGCAGGACUAACUGCAGGAGCAACUGUCGGAUCGGGAGCAGCGGGUGCCUCAGUUAUGGGCGCUUUGGGAAAAUUGUUUAUGGAAAAAUUGGAUGCUAAUCCAGAGGGACAAGCUCAAUUAGAAGAAUACGUUAAGAUCUAUGACGGAGAUAAUAACGAAAGCAGUGAAGAAGGUUCAUCUAGUGUGGUUUUUGAAAUACGUGACAAACUCCUUAUUGAUGAUAAGGCAUUUGACAACUUUCUUGAAAUAUUCACUUUAACUUGUAAAACCUCAAAGCAACUAGACAAUAAGACAAAAAAACAGUUCAACUUUCUUGUGGGUAUAGAAAAAUUAGAUAAGUUGAAUGAUCAUUUAGAAAAUGAAUUUGGACCAGAGAAUGUUAGCAAAGUACAGCCAAAUACUAUUGUGUUGAAUUUCUAA